UGCCUAUAUAUAAUCUCAUCUUGUUCAAAACAUUGUAACUGGUAACUACUAAAAAGUACCUCCAUUAUAAUAGAAUAUUAUCUCUCCUUAACAUGGAGCUUUGCUAUAGCGACUCAGCAUUUACAACAAUUACUUCACCUUCUUCUCCUUUUCCUCUUCCUCCGACUCCACCAACGGUGGCCAGCCCUUGCGCUGCUUGCAAGAUAUUGCGGCGACGAUGUGUAGAAAAAUGUGUUUUGGCACCCUACUUUCCUCCAAAUGAUCCACUCAAGUUCACCACUGCUCACCGUGUUUUUGGAGCCAGCAAUAUAAUCAAAUUCUUGCAGGAAUUGCCGGAAGCUCAAAGAGCUGAUGCCGUGAGCAGCAUGGUUUAUGAGGCGAAUGCGAGGCUAAGGGAUCCAGUGUAUGGAAGUGCAGGAGCAAUUUCCCAACUCCAAAACCAAGUUAAUGAACUUCAACAACAAUUAGCAAUGGCACAAGCUGAGAUUGUCAAUAUGCAAUCUCAACAAGCAAAUCUUAUGGCCCUCAUCUGCAUGGAAAAAUGGCAAAAUAUAAUUCCUCACCAACAUGACCAUUCCUAUGACAAUGAUUGCCAAACUAAUAUGAGCUUCCUCGACGACAAUCUUGGAUCAUUAUGGGAGCAUAUUUCGAUAUGAUAAUUUUAUACCGAUCUUCCCAAUAAAUUUGGAGACAGUUGAGGAAACACUUUAUGGGAUGAGCGUAAAAUCAGGAAUUUCAAAAUUAGUUUCUUGACUUGUAUUGUUUUAUUGGGACUUGUAAACUAUUGACGAAGUUUGAAUACCCUCUUAUGUUGAACCA